CCGCAGUAUCCUAGCAACCGCUGCGCACACAGACGAUGUCUGGGCGUGGAGCUGAGAAGCCCGGGGCUGGCUAGGCCUGGGGGAGGACGGGUCCCAGGACCCGAGUGAGGGUUCCACACCUGGCCUUCAGUAGGGGUCAAGACGCAGGCAUCUACGCCGAAGGGGAGCAAAGCCGGGCUCGGCCCGAGGCCCUCCAGGACCUCCAUCUCCCAAUGCCAGAGGUUCCCUCCCAGGAAUCCGCCACGUGAAGGUCGGACGACCGUCUCUGACUAGAAGAGCCCCGAAAGCGCCAUGGCUCCCAAGAAGCUGCUCUGCCUUCCCUCCCUGCUGCUGCCACUCCUGACGCUGCUGCUGCCCCAGGCAGACACUCGGUCGUUUGUAGUGGAUCCGGAUCAUGACAGGUUCCUCCUGGACGGGGCCCCGUUCCGCUACGUGUCUGGCAGCCUGCACUACUUUCGGGUACCGCGGGUGCUUUGGGCAGACCGGCUUUUCAAGAUGCGAAUGAGUGGCCUCAACGCCGUACAGUUUUAUGUGCCCUGGAACUACCACGAGCCGGAGCCUGGGGUCUAUAAAUUUAAUGGCAGCCGUGACCUCUUUGCAUUUCUGAAAGAGGCAACUUUAGCGAACCUGUUGGUCAUACUGAGACCAGGACCUUACAUCUGUGCAGAGUGGGAGAUGGGGGGUCUCCCAGCCUGGUUGCUUCGAAAACCUAAAAUUCAUCUGAGAACCUCAGAUCCAGACUUCCUUGCCGCAGUGGACUCCUGGUUCAAGGUCUUGCUGCCCAAGAUACAUCCAUGGCUCUACCACAAUGGGGGCAACAUCAUUAGCAUUCAGGUGGAGAAUGAAUACGGUAGCUACAGGGCCUGCGACAUGAGCUACAUGAGACACCUGGCUGGGCUCUUCCGUGCACUGCUUGGAGACAAGAUCUUGCUCUUCACCACAGAUGGCCCUGAAGGCCUCAAAUGUGGCUCCCUCCAGGGACUCUAUACCACUAUAGAUUUUGGCCCAGCUGACAACAUGACCAAAAUCUUUGCCCUGCUUCGGAAGUAUGAACCCCGCGGGCCAUUGGUGAACUCUGAGUACUACACAGGCUGGCUGGAUUACUGGGGCCAGAAUCACUCCACACGCUCCGUACCAGCUGUAACCAAAGGAUUAGAGAACAUGCUAAAGUUGGGAGCCAGUGUGAACAUGUACAUGUUCCAUGGAGGCACCAACUUUGGAUACUGGAAUGGUGCUGAUGAGAAGGGACGCUUUCUUCCAAUUACUACCAGCUAUGACUACGAUGCACCCAUAUCUGAAGCAGGGGACCCCACACCUAAGCUUUUUGCUAUUCGAAAUGUCAUCAGCAAGUUCCAGGAAGUUCCCUUGGGACCUUUACCUCCCCCCAGCCCCAAGAUGAUGCUUGGACCUUUGAGCCUACACCUGGAUGGGAAUUUGCUGGCUUUCCUAGACUUCCUAUGCCCCCAAGGGCCCAUCCAUUCAAUCCUGCCAAUGACCUUUGAGGCUGUCAACCAGGACCAUGGGUAUAUGUUGUACCGGACCUAUCUGACCCAUACUGUUUCUGAGCCAACACAAUUCUGGGUGCCAAACAAUGGAGUCCAUGACCGUGCCUACGUGAUGGUGGAUGGGGUGUUUCAGGGUGUUUUGGAACGAAAUAUGAAACGCAACCUAUUUUUGACGGGGAAAAAGGGGGCCAAACUGGAUGUCUUGCUGGAGAACAUGGGGAGGCUCAGUUUCGGGUCUAACAGCAGUGACUUCAAGGGCCUAUUGGAGCCACCAAUUCUGGGGCAAACAGUCCUUACCCAGUGGCUGAUGUUCCCUCUGAAAGUUGAUAAUCUUGUAAAGUGGUGGUUUCCCAACCAGUUGCUGAAAAGCUCACAUCCUCAAACUCCCUCUGGCCCCAUCUUCUACUCUACAACCUUCCCAAUUUUAGACUCAGGCGGGGACACAUUUCUCUUUCUACCUGGAUGGACCAAGGGCCAAGUCUGGAUCAAUGGGUUUAACUUGGGCCGCUACUGGACAAAGAGGGGGCCACAACAGACCCUCUACGUGCCAAGACCCCUGCUGUUUCCUAGGGGAGCCCUCAACAAAAUCACGUUGCUGGAGCUAGAAAAUGUGCCUCUUCAGCCCCAAAUCCAAUUCCUGGAUAGGCCUAUCCUCAAUAGCACUAUGCAUAAGACAUACAUCUAUUCCCUCUCAGCUGAAAGUGCCUCUGAACCGAUGGAGUUAAGUGGGCACUGAAAGAAAGGUAACCCUUGGACCUGGGACAUGGAGUGGGCAGGAUCCCUUGGUGCUAGCCAUGGUGACCAUAAGGAAACAAAGGCCACAGGUCUGAAUGUAAGUACAAGUGCAGUUUCCUUGCCAAACUUUAUUGUGAUUAAAAUUCCAGAGACAGUACCAGCUCCACACACCUCUAUGGCCCUGUCUUUGCCCUGGUUCCUCAAUGUCCCUCACGCCAAUCUUCCAAAUACUCUCUGGUUUCGUGGGGAAGAAGAAACCUAGGGCCAGUGUGUAUGUGCCCUCUCAGAGCCUAGAGCUGGCCCCAGGUGGAGCUGUAAGAGAUCAGGAAGAGGGCUUCCCAGCCCGACAGCGAUGAUCCUGGAGGCAGCGUGUGGAGCGGAAAGAAGUCAAAGUAGUGAAAGGGAAUGUGAGGCCUUGGAGGGAUGUCCCACAGCUCCAGCGGCGUCUGAACAAGAGGAAGAAAAAUGGCUGGAGAGGUAUCCCAGAAACUUUCUAAUCCAAGCCUUCCCUAUCCCUCCUCCUGCCACUUCUGUUUUUAUUCCAAAGGUUCCCAGAGCAUCUCAAAUCCCCUCAAAAGCCUUUCUGAACACUGAGCGGGCAUGCAUUCUACUUGUACAGAAUGGCCUCUAACUCAUCACAACCUACCCACUCACGCCCACCCCCUUUACUUACCGAACGUUGAUGAUGGCAGGGUCGGGGACCUGAGGGGUAGGGGCUCCCAACUGGGCAGCCAGUCGGCGCUCUGCAGCCAGAGCUCCCUGAGGGGAAGAAAAGUUGUGUUAAGGACAAGGCCCCAGUGGUGCAGAGGGUACCCAAGAAGUGAUGCUGCACACUGAUCAGACCUCUAAGGAAGCGUUGCUGGGGAAGAAAGAACCUCCAGCCUCACCUUCCCUCAGUCGCUGAGGGCAGCAAAUCUCCGCUGCUCUUCCUGCUCCCGCUUCUGCGCCUGCCGCUUCCGCUGCCGCUCUUCCUGGUGCCGCCGGGCUGCCUUCUGCUCCCUUUUCCGAAUGGCCUGCAGCCCCUCCAGGGCUGUCAGUGGCCCUGGCACCUGGAGGAUUUCCGGGAAGGUAUAAGCUGACCUGAGCUUUGCUGUAAUCAUAAGCGUCUGGAUUCUUCUCCAUGAACCUCCAGAACUCAUUACGUGUUGAUUUGUCAGCUGCAAGUGUGUACGGUGGCUGGGUCCGAGAGUCCCUAGGUGCGAAAACCCAAAAAAUGAGUUCAACAUCACCUGCCUCCUGCUCCUCCCAACAUCACCCAAGCAGACCAGGGGAAAUACUGCCAAGUAGCUGGUGCCAAGAUCAUCGUCAGGAGGGGUCGGCACAAGGGCCCUUACUACUUACUGAGCCUCUCCCAGCUGCGGCAGCUGCGUGCAGGAGGGUGAAGCCACCAGAGCCCAAGGGGGCACUGAGCAGAGACAGAACUCCAGGGUCUAGGGGGCUGGCAGCUAGCCGGAGCUUCAGCAUUCCCCAUCUCCAGCUCGGCAAGCAGUCAAAAGCACAUCCCAGAGCUCUGGCUGACCAGGGGACUUGGCCUCAUCUGGGGAAGGCCCCAAAGGGGCUGACUCUGAAAAGGCCUCAUCUUCUUGAGGUUGCUGGGAAAGAGUCAUUUGCGCCCCAGCCUCCAGGUCUUGGUUUCUCUCCCUCUUAUUCCUUUUUCUCCUCCUCUGCUUGGGCAAUACCUCAAAUUCACGAAGAACCAGCGUCCCCAGUGUCACCUCUACUAGCUCCAACUCUACCUGGGAGCCAUCCUCUCCCUCUGACUCUGAACCUAGGGAAAAAUUUGCUAUGUUAGAUCCAUCUAAGGAAUAAGCAGAGGGUAGAAGGUUGUGGGCUGCCCCAGAUGCAUAAGAAUGUAUAUAGAGAGAUAAUCCAGAUCACUUGAAAUAAAAUUGUUUGUAUU